CUGCAGGGUACUUCCUGCCUGUGAGUCAUCGCUGGUGCCGGGCUGUGGCUCUGAGAGCGGGAGGCAGAACCAGCCCGGGCCUCACGUCGCGGACUCGUCUUCGCGGUGCCGGGCGUUGCUGAGGCGGAGCGGGAUGCUGGAUAUCUAGAAGGGAUUAAAAGCAUCAGGUGACGCCUCGGCCUCGGGACGGGCACAGUGUGAGUUUACAUAACUUUGUUUGCCAGACUAACAGAUCCUCUUUCAUGGUGAACCUUCUCUCCUCUCCAGUCCUGCUGUUUGUUCUUCACGUCUGUUUUCUGUCAGGAAAACUAAAGCCAGCCAAUCACACGGCAGCGUGAGAAUCACAGCAGAGCUCCUGUCUCCAGGCCAGAGGACGCUCUGGGUGCUUCAGUCCCGCCUCAGGACAGACGGUCUCUUCCACCAUGGCUGCAGCGGCUCUCGUCACGGAGAACUUCAAGUUUGUGUCCCUCUUCUUCAAGAGCAAAGAUGUGAUGAUCUUCAACGGUCUGGUGGCUCUGGGCACGGUGGCCGGUCAGACCGCGUACAAUGUCUUCGCGUUUCACUGCCCCUGCUCCUCCGGGAGAAACUACCGCUACGGCCUGGCGGCCAUCGGCGUGCCGGCGCUGGUGCUCUUCCUGGUGGGGGUCAUGCUGAACAGGAGCACCUGGGACCUGGUGUCCGAGUGCCGGCUGAGGAACUGCCGGAAGCUGUCCGGCGCCGCGGCGUUCGCCUUGCUGGGCACGAUCGUGGGCCGAGCGGUGGUGGCGCCGCUCACCUGGGCGGGGAUCUCCCUGCUGCGGGGCCAGGCCUACACCUGCGCCCUCUGUGAGUUCGUGGACCCGGGCUCGCUGGACGGCUUUCCCAGCCACACCGGGCCCGACGUCUUGGCCAGAUUCCCCUGCGAAGGAACCGUUCCAGAGGAUCUGCAGAGGUUCUGGCCCACCAUCGAACGGCAGCUGAAAUAUGAAUCUCAGCUGAUCGGCUGGCUGCUGGUGGCGGGGAUAUCCCUGGUGGUCUUCCUGGCUCUGUGCAUGAGGCGCUGCUCGUCCCCGCUGGGACACCGCCAGGAGGCGUACUGGGCGCUGUACCGCUCCUGCGAGCAGGACCUGUUUGAGCGCACCGCCGGCGCCCACGCUCGCAUCCGGGCUGCGGACUACGUCCAGAACUUCUUCGGCUUCGUGUCUCUGAGCAAAGAGGAGGAGGCGGAGAGGGCGGAGCACGGGCAGCAGGCCAGUCCAAUCCGGUCCAGGGACUGGAACCUGGUGACCGGGGUCUACCUGUACCGGGAGAAGGAGGGCCUGCCCCUCUACAGCCGCCUCCACAAGUGGGCCACCUACAGGACGGAGGGGGACAUGGAGGGGAUGGACAAAGAGAUGGAUUUAUUCAGCUGACAGGAGAGUUCUGCUGCUGCUGCCUCUGUCCUCACUCAGCGCUGCAGCGGGCUUCUCAUCCGGAACUGUUUAUUCUGAAUCAAAUAAUUCAGAAUUACAUUCCUGACCUUGGUGUUUUCAUGUGAAAACGAGGGAUUAACUCCUCUCUACUGCUGGGUCUGUGCUGCGUUCUGAUUGGACGGGGCGGCCGUGACGUAGCAGCGUUUUUCUCUCUUUCUUUCUGGAUUAACUUUGACGCUGCAUCUUUGAAAAUGUCCUGGUUGUUCUGCUCCGUCCAUCCGCUCAUUCCAUUAUGUCCAAUUCUUCUAAAACCGCCGUUGAAUAAAUUGUCUCCGUGCGAGUUGAAACGCGGGCUGCGGGCCGCCAUCUUGGAAUAUUGCAUCAUCACGACGGAGCAGAAGAAGCAGAAUGAAGUCGUCUGAUCAGCGGAUGAUUCUGGUCCAGAGGAGAAUCAACCCGCCGGUCUGCUCAGAUCCAAACUCACCUCCUAGCAGUGUUCAGGCGAGUCCGAGGUCAUUUCAGAGCAGAUUUAGGCUUCAUUCAGAUUUAUAGAGGAUUAAGAAGUCUGCUGUAAACACUCGGUCUGGAGCUUCAGUGCAUUUCUCUCUGGUUUCUAUGUUUUCACCAAAGGUCCAUCGUCUCCUGAAGUCCAUCUGCAGGAAGUCAAACCAGCAUUUUGCCUUAAAACCCUGUAAAGCCUGAGUUCAUGAAUAAACCUUCCUGU